AUGGAAGUAGCGAUGGCAGACUGUUUGUGGAAGAAGAGGAGGAUAGAAGAGGAGCAGGCAAAGAUUCUUGCUCCCAUGGCAGAGAAGACGCGGCGAAAAGUCCGACCUGGUGCUAUCGAGCCUGAUCCUCUUGAAUCCGCGCUUCUGGUUCACUAUGAGGUGGAGGAGAUACGGGAGGAUGGGAGAUCAGACAAGAAGAAAGCGGUGAAAAAAGUGAAAGUGACAAGUCUGAACAACGAUUGCGAUCUGAACUUGGUGGCUCAAGACAUUGUGGACAAGUGCAAACUGAUUUCUCAGUCGAAGCAUGGAGUGGUGGUCGAGUGCCUUGAAGCACUUCUGCAACGAGUGGGAGGGAAAUCUCCCGAGGACGUGGACGACUGGGAAGCUCAGUGGAACGCUCAGAGAAGGAGUGCGCUGGACCGAUACGUGGGGGAGUCGCAGAUCUCGAUGGAUGGGAUGACGAUCUCGUUGGACAACCUUGAAACAUACCUAGAGAUGCUGUACGAGGAAUCUAUGGACGAGAAGAUCAAAGGGACUUUCAUGAUCUUGCAGCUCGUGCGUGACCCUGAUAAUCUCGAACAUCUCAUUACCAACGAACAAUUCCUGGGAGCUUUGACUCGAAUCUUCAGAGAAGAAGCCAAGAAAAGUAUGGAUCUUGUGAUCAACAUCGUGUACAUAUUCUUUGCGUUUUCCAAUUUUUCCAACUUCCAUCAAUUUAUGACAGAUUACAAGAUGGGCGAGAUGGUAGUCAAGGUGAUAGAGCUUGAACUCAAAAGGGACCAGCACAGGAAGGAAGAUUUUGCGAAUCGGAGCAAGGACCUCAGCCCUGAGGAAGCCGAGCGAGAGGCGAAGAAGUUGAAGAUCACCAAGAAAAAGCAGGACAAACUGCUCUUUGUCUGCAUCCACGUCCUACUCAACAUCGCCGAAGACAUCACAAUCGAGAAGAAGAUGAAGAAGAAGGGGAUCACGAAGCUGCUGGUCCAGAUGCUGUCCCGCAAGAGCGAGGAGCUGCUGAUGCUGACCAUCACUUUCCUCAAGAAGCUCUCCAUCUUCAAGGAGAACAAGGACGAGAUGCGAGAGUGCGGCAUCUCCUCCGAGCUCAUCCGCUUCCUCCCCCACAACAGCGACGAGAUGACAAUGGCGGCCAUGCGGCUCAUGCUCAACCUCUCCUUCGACACGGAGAUCCGAUCCGACAUGGUCAAGGACGGCAUCAUCCCCAAGCUCGUCACGAUGCUCAAACGCCCGCAGUUUCGGCACAUCAGCUUGAAGCUGCUCUACCACAUCUCCAUGGACGACAAGUGCAAGAGCAUGUUCACCUACACCGACUGCAUCCCCAUGGUUGUCAACAUGGUCCAGAACUUCCCCGAGAAGUUGGUCGAGAAGACGCUCAUCGCCCUCGCCGUCAACCUUGCGGGCAACGUGAGGAACGCGGAGGCCAUGGCGGAGGGGGAGAACCUCAACAGCUUCAUGUCUCGCCUCUUCCAGACCAAAGACCCUCUGCUCGCCAAGAUGCUGCGCAACCUCUCCCAGCACGACGGGCCCGUGAAGCUCCGCUUCGCCGAGUUCGUCUCCGACCUGGCGGCUCUCGUUCGUCAGACUGAGAACCCGGACCUGCUGGUGGAGCUGCUGGGGAUCCUGGGGAACAUGACCAUGACCGAGAUCCCCUUUUCUCAGAUCCUGAUCGACUACGACCUGAUCAACUUCCUGCACAUGCACCUUGCGCAGGGAGCGAGCGAGGAUGAUAUCGUGCUCGAGAUCGUCAUCUUCAUCGGCACGUGCGUCAGCGACCCCAAGUGCGCUCCCAUCUUCGCGAACUCGCAGCUGGUCGCCGUGCUCUAUGACCUCAUGGCGGACAAGCAGGAGGACGACGAGAUCGUGCUGCAGAUCACCUACACCUUCUUCCGCUGCCUGCAGCACGAGACGACGAGAGACGUCCUCCUCAACCACACCCAGGUGGUCUCGUACUUCGUCGACUUGCUCUACGACAAGAACGCGGAGAUUCGCAAGAUGGCUGACCAGACGCUGGACCUGGUCAUGGAGUACGACCCCGAGUGGGCGAAGCAGAUCCGCCUCAGGAAGUUCCAAAUCUACAACGCCGAGUGGCUGCAAGCGAUUGAGAGGGACGAGGGGAUGGCGAUCGGAGGGUUCCAGGGGGGGAGGAGGAAGAACAUGGACCUGUCGCCGGAGGAGGACUUCCAGGACGACAUGGACGUGACGAGGUCGAUGAGGGGGAUGAUGGAGGCGUUGCAAGACGAUGACGACGACGACUUUGGUUAUAGAGAUUGA